CACUGGGUUUCAACACAGUGACGUUAAUGAAUGAAGUUGCACUCUCGCACACUAUCGACCCACACGUUGCCACAGAGAAAAACUGCGUGACUGACUUAAUUCUGUUCACAAUAUAACACAAGGACGUCAUCUUAUCUAAGGUGCAUAUACCAGGACAGAGAUGGCUGGAGUUCUGUUUGAAGAUAUCUUUGACGUAAAGGACAUUGAUCCGGAUGGCAAGAAGUUUGACAGAGUAUCUCGUCUGCAUUGUGAAAGUGAAUCUUUUAAGAUGGACCUUAUCUUGGAUGUGAACAUUCAAAUCUAUCCGGUUGAUCUUGGUGACAAGUUCAGGCUGGUUAUUGCUAGCACGUUAUAUGAAGAUGGAACACCAGACGACGGAGAGUAUAAUCCUCAGGAUGACCGGCCAUCUCGAGCGGACCAGUUUGAUUAUGUGAUGUAUGGGAAGGUUUACAAGAUUGAGGGUGACGAGACUUCAACAGAAGCAGCAACGCGCCUCUCUGCCUAUGUGUCUUUUGGUGGCCUCCUCAUGAGGCUCCAAGGAGACGCCAACAACCUUCACGGCUUUGAGGUUGACGCCAGGGUCUAUCUCCUCAUGAAGAAACUAGCCUUCUAAAGCUGAACUCUGCUUGCCCACUCCACUGGUUCUUCAAGUGCCACAGUCAACUUUCAAGUCCCAAUGAACACUGAACAUUCGUAUUCUCAAGUCUGCAGCACGUGAUCCUCAUCCAUGUAGAGGCUGGAGAAAACAUAUUGUGUUUUUUACUUUUUAGUUCCAAAAUGUUUCCUUUAAGGAGCUGGACUACAAAUUACAGACUGACACUUAAAAACUACUGCAACCUUCAUCUGCUGGCAAACUGUAAAUAAAUAUGUCUUUUAUACAUAAUUCUCAGGUGGUCCGUCACCUUUUUAAAUAUAUAUAUAUUUUCUUAUAUUGGCAUCCUGUUCAUUUUAUUACCCACCACUUACCUCAGUGCUUAGUGGUUCUUGCAAAUGUGUUUAAUUUGGUUAUAUUUAGUAAUGGCGUUCCACGAUAUUUUUACUGCAGGCAAGCUGUCUCAACAGUGAAAGGGGCGCGAACGUGUUUUCAUAAAGACGCUAGUGCUAACUGGGCCAAGCACUCUACCUGACAGCAAUGGUCUGUCAGGUAGAGUGCUUUUUCCAAAACAACUGCUUUGUUUUGGAAAAAUACGUAAUUGAUAGACCUUAUACCACAUCAAAUAGUAUUCGUUCUGAGCAUUAAUGUAUCCAAUCCUUUUUCCAACCAGUAAAUGAAGCUGCAACCUUAUUUAGCCUUCAGUGCUAUUAUGUUCUCCCGCUUUGCAAAUGUACUGGGGAUUCCCAGCCCCUGUGCAUUCUUCCAUACCACAGGCCCCCACUGACCCUGUGCUUUUCUUAACCCUAUAUACGUUGUCUUUUAUCACAGUGACCAAGCAGAACAUGUGAAGAGGCCAUGUUAUUACUUCUCAUUAAAUACAUUGUGUCUCUCUGCAGAUGGAAAACUGUUAAUGCCUUGAACAACAGGAUAGGAUAGAAUGCUUUAAAUGCUAAUAAGUCAUUGCGUCCCUUUCUGAUGUAAUCAUUUGUCAGUUUGUAUAAAACCUCAUUCGCUCAUUCCUUUGACUGUUGUGAGUAAAUCUGCAGAUUCUGUAUUCAAUUUAAAGAAAGACUUGACUUGUUAAACUUUGUUUAACGAGCAUUAUCCACAGAUUUGACCAUAAAGUAAACAUUUAAAUCUAAGAUGUUGAGAUCCUCUGGCAAAGCUAGUUAAAAUAUUUAACUUGCAUAUGGUACAUUAUUACCCAGUAUGCAAUGGUCCUAUAUUUGCUUGGAUGGCAGCAAUCUAAAACGUCGACUCAUGAGACAGAAGAUUGAAUUCUGGGUGAAGAGGCAGCUUUUGUGUGUAACACAGGCUUCUCAAUGUCAGCUUUAAUUGGUGUCACAGGAUGGGAAGGAACAUUGCGAAUGACUCACACACUCCUGGUAUGUGCAUGUUGCUGCCUUAAAACAUAUGCAUGUGGUGAAGCUAAAGAAUAAGCUUGCCUCAACAUAGAAACAGCAAUGCUGUAAGUCCAUACAAUAAAUGAUAUCACUCCAAUUACAAUGUUCUUAGAAGAAUAUAAAUGUCGGGCUCCCUAUUGGAAAUAAUGCACUUGAAUGGUUUAAUUUAGGUUCUAUGUUAUUAAGCAGAUUCUGCAGCCGUUUUUGUGCUGAUCAGUGAUUUAAAUCAAUGCUGUAACACGUUCUGUUUAAACACUUAAUCCCACUCAGUUUUGGAUUAUUUUACUUUUUUGCAUUGUAACACGUGUUCUGUUUAAACACUUAAUCCCACUCAGUUUUGGAUUAUUUUACUUUUUUGCAUUGUAACAUCUGAAUUGGUCUUUCUUUAGUUGUCCUUUUAUGUAAAUGUUCUACAACUAAGGUUUACUUUGCAACACUGAGCAUUUCCAAAGCUUUACAAAAAUGAAUAUGUCCCUUCAAGCCAUUACAUGAUUGAUUUCUAAUGAUUUCACCGUGGACAUUAAAUAAAACUCGCAGACGCAUUCAU